AAUACUGCAUUAUAAUGCCUUUAUAGGUUUGCAAAAUAUAACCUAGGCAUCCAUAAAUAUUCUCUACACACUCUCCAGGGUCACAGGGGACAAAGACCUGCUGGGGGUUGGGAGGACUGGAGUCCAUAAAGCAGCAUGUGUUGGAUGAAAGGCGGGGACACACACACACAGGUCGCCACGGGGAACUCUGUAGUCGUUAGUAGGAAAAAGUAAUCCCGUUACUGCCACCAACCAACAGGACUCAAAAGUAAACUGAUGCGCAUCGCUAUUGGACGCAGCCAGGGUUGGACUCCAGCACCCCACCGCCUGUCAGGGAGCGCGUGUGGCCAGUCGCUCCUCAUUGCGCGCUGGAUAUGGAUCAGGACGCAGCGCGCCUCCCUGCUGUCUCUCGCGGACGGGCUGCACUCUGCGGCGCAUAAACAAAGGUGCCCAAAUGAACCACCGCCCUCCCGGCUCCUCCGGCGUGCAAUGGCUUAACAGGAGAGACAUGAGUGUCCGGACGGAGGACAGCAUCACCUUGUGCCAAAGGGCUCUCCAGAUCGUGACGGAACUUUGUCUCACGGGACACGUAGACCGGGAGAAAUGCUCGGAUAUAUUUCCCCUGGAGAGCAACAUACCAGGUAAAGGACACGCAGACAUCUCUAUUAGUCUCCUUGCUGUGGUCGUGGGUUUCUGUGGCCUCGCCCUGUUGGUAGUCUCUCUCUUUGUCUUUUGGAAGCUGUGCUGGCCCAUUUGGAGGAGCAAGGCUCUGUCAGCCCACGUCGAAAAUGGCCUCCACGUGGGUUUCCCUGAGGCGCCUCCGCCCAGCUCCUCGCCGGUCACCGAGUGCAAAGCGGCGGAGGUGGAGAAGAAGUACCCGCUGGAAGUGAAGGCGAAUGGACGGAGCACUGUCAAGCUCCUGGAGGCGGCCAUGAAGAUCAGCCAGACGUCUCCGGACAUCCCUGCCGAGGUGCAAACAGCCCUGAGGGAGAAGCUCAGCCAGCAGGCUAAGAUCCAGAGGCAGACCACUGAGCCAACCUCCUCCUCCAGGCACAAUUCAUUCCGGCGCCACCUGCCUCGUCAGAUGAAUGUCACCAGCGUUGACUUCAGCAUGGAUACAGUGCCUCUCCGCCAGUCUUCUACAGUGAGCAUUGGAAGAAUAAAGCCUGAACUCUACAAGCAGAAAUCUGUGGACUCAGAGGAUGAGGCCAAAGAGCCCGUGGAGACUUGCGGAAAGCUCAGCUUCUCACUGCGUUACGACUACGAGGAGCAAGCUUUGGUGGUGAGAAUCCUCAAGGCCUUGGACCUGCCUGCCAAAGACUUCACGGGCACCUCUGACCCAUACGUGAAGAUCUACCUGCUACCAGAGAGGAAGAAGAAGUACCAGACACGCGUCCACCGCAAGAAUCUGAACCCCAUGUUUGACGAGACCUUCUGUUUCCCCGUGGUGUAUGAUGAGAUUUGCAACCGCAAGCUUCACUUCAGCGUCUACGACUUUGACCGCUUCACCAGCCAUGAUAUGAUUGGCGAGGUGGUGGUGGACAACCUCUUUGAACUCUCUGAUCUUUCCAGGGAGGCUGUGGUGUGGAAGGAUAUUCACGCAGCAACUACAGAGAGUGUUGACCUGGGAGAGAUCAUGUACUCGCUGUGCUACCUCCCCACAGCGGGGAGAAUGACCCUAACUGUCAUCAAAUGCAGAAACCUCAAAGCCAUGGACAUCACAGGCUCCUCAGACCCUUAUGUGAAGGUUUACCUCAUAUGUGAUGGACGGAGGUUAAAGAAGCGAAAAACAACCACUAAGAAAAGCACGCUCAAUCCAGUGUACAACGAGGCCAUCAUCUUCGACAUUCCUCCAGAGAACGUGGAACAAGUCAGUCUGUCCAUCAUGGUGAUGGAUUAUGAUCGGGUUGGACACAAUGAAGUGAUUGGCGUGUGUCGCACUGGGCCAGAUGCCGAGGGUCUUGGACGAGAUCACUGGAACGAAAUGUUGGCUUACCCACGGAAGCCCAUCACACACUGGCACGCUCUAGGAGAGUGGCCUGGAAGAGCAGCAAGCUUUGAGAGUCAGGGUUCGUGUCCUUCCCCCAAACCUCCGCAGACGCCCUGAUGAUCGCAGGUAGAAUGAUAACACCACCUCUGUAACGAAGCAGAAGAUUUUGCAGAGAUACUGAGAAGUUGUGUUGCCUAUGAGUCUCUUGUGAGCAUGUUGUAUGAAAAUCCACUCUGAUGCGUCUCUUACAUGUUUAUAAAAAAGCAAGGUUGAAUCGAAACUGUUCUUAUUGAUUCAUUUGAACUCGGGUCCUUCAAGUGCUCUACAGAGCUGGCUAUGCACAGCACUCACUGUCACUCAGUUCAAGAGUUUGUUUUUCAUACAUCCGCUUUCAGUCUCAAAAAGGCUUUAUGUGCCAAACACUUACCACAGACCACAUGAAUGCUAGGCCUCGCUGCAAGAAGUCCUCGCUGAUUCACUCGCAGUUUUUUCAAAAUUUGAGCAAAAACCCUAGAGCUCUGUAGUGAGUUAGCAUUUUACUUUGAAAUGGCACAAAGUGAAAGGGCUACACUGCUCAUUGCCAUGAAAACAUUUGCUUGAUAAAAUACAGUCAAUACAGUUUUGAUCCAGGUUUAGCUGAAGAACGCAGGUAAUUGAGCAUCUACAAGGGCUGGGUAGAUCUCUCUCUUAAAGUUCAUCAGUCACAGCUGUUGCAGAUGUGCAUAAAGCAGCCAUUAACCAAUCAUUGUUACCUGCAGACAUCAGAAAAGUCAGCAACACUCUGAGAUUUAAGAGAAAGUGUAGCAGAUACAUGUAGCAAAAUGUAUCAACAACAGUCAAAUCAAAGUGUUUGAUUUAUUUGUCCUAUUUAUUUUUAUACAAAUCAGAUUGAUUUCAGCACAUAAUUGCAAAUUGAAAUAGCAGCAUAAACAUAUUAGUCAGACUCAACCUCUUAUUACUCCUAUAACUUUAAUAAAUGUUAAUUAAACUGUUGUUGACACUGCAAAUGUCCCUCACGGGAAUGUAUGUGCCAGUGAUUCAGAGAAUAGUGUCCAAUCAUAGCUCAGCAACUGUAACUAGGCACAGCAGGCCUGUCAAGCUUUGGUUUCUUAUUUUUUUUACCCUCCUCAAAACAAAGAAAAGUACAAGACUGAAAUGUGAGGAAUGGAUUUAACUGUGUUUAUCUGCUCUAAGAAGCAAACUUAAGGUUAAUAUGUCCAGCUAUCUAGCCUAUACCCACAGUAACCCAGCCUUACAUACAGAGCCAGGAGCUAUUUUAUGAGGUCACAGAUGAUAAAAGAGACAAUUAGCACACCGACAGUGAAGCACUGUUACCCCCUUUCCACCAAAUUAGCUCUGGUUCUUGAACUGCUUCUGUUCAGGACUCUUGGAACCGUGGUACGACCAAGCAAACCAGCCUGUAUUUCCACCAGUUUUGAUCUGAACCAUUGCUAUCAUGGAUGUGUCAUCACUGCAGGGUGCUGCACAGUACACAACUAAAUAAAGAGCAAUAUGGCAGAUUGCAUUGAUGACCUGCAAGCUUUUGUUUUGUUAUUACAGGUAUUUGUUUUAUCCAAAAAAAAGGCAUGGACCAAGUAUUCAUGAGAUCACUUCACGCUCUUUUUUCUUCCAAAUUACCUCUUACUUAUUGUUUCCUCCUCCAUCUUCUUUUUCUAACCUGUAGACUAUGACACACUCAUGAUGUCGUCACAGUUCACACUUCAGGUUAGGAAAAACCUAUUUUUUGGCUCCAGCUGGUAACCAGCUUUUCAGGUCCAAACCAAUUUAUUAGGGCCCAAACACCAGUCGCUAAGGUCCUCUUGACACUGAAGGAAUUAUUAUUUUUCUCCGAAAAGAAUCACAUUUUUGAGGGGCUUAAGGUGCUCGUAAACUCGUCAAACUUUGCGCACACAUCCGAACUGGUGAAAAUUUACAUCUGAUAUGGGUCUGGUGAACAGGUGUCACAAAAUGAUUCAGUAGCGCCUCCAAUUAAACGUCUACAAAGCACCCCCCGAAGCUGGUUUCACCGACAUAUGCGAAACUUGGUAGGCACACGUAACACCCCAGGAUGUACCAAAAAAAAAAGUCUAUUGGAGCCAUAUCCUAAACCCAACAGGAAGUCAGCCAUUUUGAAUUAUAUGUGUAAUUUUUGUGCAAUUUUGGCUAUUUUCAAGGGUUGUACUUUAACGAACUCCCCCUACUGAUUAGAUCCGAUUGACUUCAUAUUUUGUCUGUGCCAUCUUAAGACCUUCGACAUCAAAAGCUGCUCAAAGCUUGACUUUUCAUCAAACUGUGUGACUGUGGCGGGGCGUCAAACUUAAUAAACUAAACUAAUGUUUCGCCACCAAACAGGAAGUGGUCUGUAACUUCAGUAUACACGGUCCAAUCUGCCUGAAACUUUACAGGUUUCAUGAGGCUCCAGGCCCAAAGCCAACAACAUGCACAUUAGGUAUCAUGGUGAUUGCGCCACUUGUUGGCACCAGGAAGUAAGACUUAUCAGACAAUUAUCUUUUGAUUUACCUGAAAUUUACAUGGUGUAUUCUCCAGCACCACAUAGCAGUAACAGAAAGUGGCACAAAAUCUGAAAUAGGUCAUUCCAACGGCCACACUCUAUGACGGAUAUACCAUGUCACUAACAGAAAUGAACAACGGCAUUAGCCGGCAUCUUGCCAGCAACCCCGAGUUGCAGAAAGGUGUGAGAGACUGUUCACUGCUGCUUGCAGCUUUAAAUUUUGAUUAAAACGCUGUGAAGAGUUCAAAAUUAGGUGCAGUACCUGUUCCACGUUAGUGGAAAUGGGGUAUGUUUGGAAGCUGAGGUCCCAGAUGCUACUAUGUCAGAGCCUGAGCUCUUUCCUGUUGUAAUGGAUCUGGGGAGUUUUAAAUUUGUUACUUGAGAUAGUGUAACGUUCAGCAAACACAUUGUUUAGACCUCAUCCUAAGAGCAUUUUCUUUUACAAAAUUAAAGAUGGAAGUUUGAAAUUCCAAACAAUGAAGCAUGAAUCUACACUCUGUCUUGCUAAUCAAAGUGCAGGUAUAUGAUCUAAUCAGGGUGAUGUUAGAAUGAAACCGUCUGAUCUUACAUUUUCCUUAUUGUACUAAUAAUACUAGGACUAACUGACUGCACUGACAUACAAGAACAUUGUCUUUCACAUGGACCGUCAGCUGGUGAGGACGUUGACAUUUUGCCUGGGACAUGCUUCUUUAGCUUCAGUUGGGAGCAUAUCCAUGUCUCGGUCUUAUAUUAUGCUCCCCAAGUCGGUAUCUUCUCAAUAUGACACAUUAACAAGACCUUUCAGAAGGUUUUAUGUCAUCAGCGGUGUAUGUUUCUCUCAGUGAAAUGUCAAAAUCACCCACCUACACCUUAUAGCCUACUGAUGUUAUACACCUUGAAGCCUAUGCCCUCAAAUUUCCUGGUAAGACAGAUUUUGCCUUUAUUGCUUUAGACAGUGAUAUCCCCAAAAUGGCAGAAAGGAUUUUUAUCAUUUAAACUGCAAUGGACAUCUCCAUCUCCCAUCAUUCAUUCAUCCAUUCAUCCAUCAGCCCUUACCAAUCUCUAACAAUGCUAGUUUAUAUUAAGAACACAGGAUCCUGGGAACAGAGACCCCCCACAAUCUUUUAGCAUAUCACGUAUCAGGUUCUCAGGUUGAAACAAGUCAGUGUGACAAAGAGAGACAUAAUUUUCAACCAACUCAUGAAGCUAAUGCAAGCAUAAUUAGUUAGCUAGCUGAUAAAACCUGCAAGCGACAGUUGUCAUCAUAGCUGUCAAAAUUAAAGGUCGGCAGCCAUAAAUGAGAGGCUGGUUUUGUCAACCUCAGACUGAAAUAAAGGAACCAUUGUUUUGAAAAUUACCAGGUAUUUCCACUAUUCACUGUAAACUGCAUGAUAUGCCAUGUGAGAACUGAAAGCUUGACAGGCAUAGCAAUGGUAACAACGGAGGGUGGAGCUUAGCGAAUGAUCAAUUGGCCAAGCAACACUAAGAAUGUACGCUGUGCCCAGAAUCGCAUACUAUGCACUACACACACAAUGUUCUUACUAUCAUUCAACAUACUUUUGCGUGAACAAACAGUAGUAUGUAUCUUGGUGGAUGCUUAUGCGUAGACGCCACAUUGAUUGUGUCAGCCCAUUACGGUGAUACGUCAACCAUCACCAUUAUAUUAGCGAGGGCAACACUUACUCGUCAACAGAUGCAAGAAAAACCACAACCCUCUUGUUUACUUGCAUGUGUUUACAAGCCCAUCUUGACCUUUUCAAUAUGGUGACAAGGUUUACAUAAGAUCCAGUGGCCAAUGAGGCACCGAUGUUUCUAUAACUUUGGUAAUUACUGUGUCACUUCCCGAGGGCCUCCUGAUUAGUUGGUGACGUCCAACCACGGUAACUCGUGCCAACCUCAGCUCUACCUAUGAUUUAAAAAACUAUUCUAAAAAUAUAUUGUGCCCAGAAAUGUUAAAUGUUAUAAUUACACUUAAUUUGAAUUGCUAAUGCUAAUGCUUACUAAAAAAGAUCUCGCAUACUGGUUUAGCGUACUAAAUGGCAUGUUAAAAUAGAAUUUCAGAUGCAGCCAAUGAGAGUAACACAGACAGUCAUCUCAAUUUAAAAACUAGGAAGACAAAAGAAAGCCAACAACUUUUCCUCACCAGAUACCAGUUCAGGGAAUUAUAAUCCAUCAAACAUGUUUAUUUUUUUACAUUAAGCCAUAUAAAAUUAAGUUCAGUGCAACUAACACAGAACAUUGACUCAGCUUCUCCUCAUAUGUGAGUAAUAAGAAACUAAUAAGAAACAAACAUAGGAAAUAGAAGAAGGCUAUGUACUGUUAUCUUACUUGCACAUGCAUAUAAUGAUGCUUUUUCCCCCCUGCACUGCCCUUACUUAUAUUAAAAAGAAAUAUUUUUACUUGUAGCAUGCCUCGCACCACUUUACGAACACACCUAUUGAGGGAAAAUGUAAGAAAUGAAUAUUAUUAGUAUUUCAAAUUUCAAACUUUGUGUUUACAUUUGUAUAUAUACUUGUCAAUGGCACUGUUUGAUUAUAUUAAAAAGUGAAAUUUAAGAAGCUGUCGUGAACUUAUGGAGAUAGAGACAUCACAAUGUAUUUCUGUUGUUUGGUGAUAAUUUGAAAAGCUCAGACCUGUAAUUGAGUGAAAUUUAUACAUGUUCUGUAAUAGUUGUGAACAAUUAGUCAAACUGGAAACCCAGUGAAGCCGACUCUACCUUAUCGAGCUAUUCCAUGUUUAGGAGUUUAGAGCUUUGAGCUGUAAUUGUUUGCAUAUUUGGUUGAAUCUAUAUUGAGCAAGAAC